AUGGCAAACUUAAUUAUUUUAAAUUUUUGGUGUUACCUUUUGGGUUAUCAAGUGCUUGUUAUAUUUUUUACAAAAGUUACAAGGCCUCUUGUAAAGAAAUGGCGCGGUGAAGGCAAGCUUGUUUCCAUGUUUUUAGAUGACGGGCUGGGGUGCGCUGCAGAUUUUGAUAGCACUCUCAAACUAUCUGGUGAUAUUAAAGGAGAUUUAUUACUGUCUGGGUGCAUACCGAAUGCAGAAAAAUCGAUCUGGGUUCCUGUACAAAUUCUAGAAUAUUUGGGAGUUGUAUUAGAUUCCAUUUUAGGAAAUAUUUACAUUCCUGAACGCAGAUUAGUAAAAGCAAAAGAUACAAUAAACAGUCUUUUAGAUGCGCUUAAACUACAUAGACGGGUUCCCGUUAGAAAACUUGCCAGUAUAGUGGGUCAGUUGAUAUCCAUGUCAAUAGUAUUAGGUCACGUGACCCAGAUUAUGACCAGAUACUUAAGUGCAGAUAUACUUACAGCCCGACAUUGGGACUCUUAUAUUUGCGUUUCCUUGGAGUCUGUUGAACAGUUAAUGUUUUGGAAAGCCAAUAUUGGCAUUAUUAAUAACAGGAAACUAUUUGAACUGCACAGGUGCUCUAAAAUUGUAUAUUCCGACGCCAGUCGAACAGGUUAUGCAGGGUAUGAAGUUUCAACUGUUACUGGGGUUUCUCAUGGUAUAUGGGAUUUUGAAGAGUCGAAUAAGUCCUCUACAUGGAGGGAACUUGAAGCUGUGUACAGAGUGUUACAAUCAUUAGCACAUAUUUUAGCGCAUCGUAGAGUUAAGUGGUUUUCAGAUAAUCAAGCUAUUACUGCUAUAGUGAAAAAAGGGUCCAUGAAAAAAGACUUGCAGGAUAUAUCCUAUAAGAUUUUCCAGUUUUGUAUGAGAAACUCUAUUUCUUUAGAACUUGAGUGGAUUCCGCGGUCCGAAAAUGAUAAGGCUGAUUAUUUGUCGAAGAUUGUAGAUUUCGAUGACUGGGGAAUUUCGUUUGAAGUUUUUAAUAUAUUGCAAGAAAGAUUUGGUCAGUUUGAGGUAGACUGGUUCGCAUCAGAGUAUAAUGCGAAAGUAUCUAAAUUCUAUUCUAGGUUUUGGAACCCGUCAUCAGCCGGAAUUGAUGCAUUCACAGAGUACUGGGGAAAUUGUUUUGGACUAUUUGUCCCUUCUAUUUCUGUUAUUUACAGAGUAUUUUCUAAAAUGAGAGCCGACAGAGCAAAUAGUUCGUAUAAAGAUGAUAUUGACGAGUUACCUGAAGUUCUGGCAGACAAGGUGGACCUACUCCCGGACCUGUUACGGAAGUCCAGAGCGGAAAAUACAAGUCGUAAAUACGGAAACAGUUUUUCUCGUUGGGAAAGAUGGGCAAAGUGUAAUGGGUUUGGGAGUGGGGACAUUUUGCCUGCUAAGGCAUUUCCUUUUGCAAUAUAUUUGGCAUCAUUAAUACAAACUUCGAAUACACCAAGUCCUGUGAUUUCUGCUUUCUACGCUGCAAAAUGGUUUCAUGAUUUAGGUGAUCUUAAGUCGCCAACAGAUUCAAAAUUAGUAAUAAAUAUACUAGAAGCGGCUAAAAGGUUGUUAGGUAAGCCCACCGUUAAAAAGGAACCUGUAACAACGGAGAUGUUAUUAGGCAUGUAUAAUCAGUUAUAUUCUACGGGAAAUUUGAAAAACCAGAGAAUAAUAUGCGCAUGUUUGGUGGCUUUUUCCGGAUUUAUGCGUAGUUCAGAAUUGCUCCAUAUAAAAGUUUCUGAUAUUCAGUUUUAUCAAUCUUUCAUGACCAUUUUCGUAGAAAGCAGUAAAACGGACAGAUAUAGGGAUGGCUCUUGGAUAACAAUAGCAAAAACAGAAAUUUGUUUAUGCCCAGUUGUGAAUGUUCAAAAACUUAUAUCAUGGGCUACAUUGAAAGAUGACGAUUAUUUGUUUUGUAAUUUAAUUCAUUCCAAGAAUAAGUAUGCUGUUAGAAAAAAUAACAAAGCAAUGUCAUACUCUAAUUUACGUGAAGAAUUUCUUAGAGCGCUUAAGCCGCAUGUUAAAGACAUUAAGAAAUACUGUUUACAUUCCUUGAGGUCGGGUGGCGCUACAGUUGCGGCUAAUAGUGGAAUUAAAGACAGGCUAUUUAAGCGGCAUGGUCGCUGGUGUAGUGAUAGUGCAAAAGACGGUUAUGUAAAAGACGAUCUGAGAGAACGAUUAUCUGUGUCCCUUUCGUUGGGAUUGUAA